AUGGCUAUCGUUCGCCAGUUUAUACCAAAAGGAAUCUGCUCUCUUUACCAAAUACGCUCAACUCGAUUUCCCGCCAAUGCAUAUUGCAUCAAGACAUUGUCGUACUGCAUUCCUAUUGGUCGAGAGAGGCCGGCGACUCAAGAAGUGUCGCCAGUCGCUGCCGCCGCCGCUGACGCUGCCGCUGCCGCCACCGCCACCGCCGAGGCCGCCGAGGCCGCCGCUGCCGCUGCCGUCACCGAAGCCGCCGCCGCCGCCGCCGCCACCGCUGCCGCUGCUGAGGCAUCCGCCGCCGCCACUGCCGCCGCCACCGCUGCCGCUAUUGCUGCCGCAACCGCCGCCGCUAUCGCUGCCGCCGCCGCCCAGGCCACCGCUGCCGCUACCGCUGCCGCUAUCGCUGCCGCCGCCGCCCAGGCUACCGCUGCCGAUACCACCGCCGCCGUCGAGGCCGCCGCUACCGCUACCACCGAGGCCACCGUUGCCGCUAUCGCUGCCGCCGCUGUCGAGGCCGCCGCCGCCGUCGAGGCCACCGUUGCCGCUACCGCCGUCGAGGCCGCCCUCACCUUGUCCACGGGUGCUAGACUGACGGUCAAGCGACAGCGCGACCUCGUCAAGCUGGUCCGCUGCGGCGUCCUGCUGCGAGGUGAACAACCGGACAUCUGGAUGGUGGGACGUGCGCUGCGGUUCCAAAACAAGUGGGCAAGAGUGGAUAGGUGGAUCCUCCACAACGUUGAUAGACAGGACGAUAACAUGUUCCUGAUCUUUAGCGUUCCUGAGGAUGUGGUGCAGGUGCCUGCUUGA